GUCCGCGUGGCCCUGGCCGGCAACAGACUCGCAGACGGAGAAGACUAGUAUCUUGCUGCAAGAUAUAUAUGCUUAUUUAUCGCUUGAGUUGUAUUCUUAUUCUUUCUGAGCGUGAUUCUUCAUGUUCUGGGUAUCGAUUUUUCGCUUGUGUACCAGGACACGAGAGGCUCGGCGUCGUUGUUACCUCCCUGUUACUUACGAACCAUCUGAACUAAGUACUCCCAAGAUAUUCGUGAUAGUGUCACACAACUAUCUCAAGCAUGUGGAAUGAAGUAUAACUUUUUCUCUCUGUGCAUGAUGCUCUUUUUGGUUUUAGUAAGUUGUAGCAGCCUUAGAAUCACUUGUCGUGCUUUCCUAUGCUGCUCAUCAGUAUCGAUUUUAUUUCUUACUUAAAGCUACCUAGUGUUCUUAUCUUUUUGGCGACUUACAGCUAACGACUACGACUCUCAGAGAGUUUAUUUGAGUUUAAUAAUUAUGUCAUAGGUUUAGAUAGUUCAUAGUUUUCGUUAGGUCAUAAUGCACGCAUAGCCAUAGCCUUAGCCAUGAUCUGAAUUCAUAAGUCACGAAAAAUGGAAAUGUCUUCAAGGAAGCAGCUGUGCACCACGUUGCACGCCCAUGCCAUCGUGUACAGUUAGUUCGUUAGAUAGUUUGGAUAUCUCUACCAGCAUAAGCAUAUCGUCAGCACUGUCGUGCAUAUGAUUCAGAAGUGAAACCGUGCAGUGCCCUCCCUUCUUGGUCGUGCUUCGUUCUACUUCAACUACUAAGACCACCGAUUCAAUAAUGCUAGCGGUCAGCGCCUUAGCAUUAGUAUGAAAGAAAGUAGACACCACACCAGUACUGCCGAAUAUUUUUAUUAGUGUAUCUGUAUGACCUGCCAGCUUCUUAAAGGCUACAUAAUUAAAAAUAAAAUUAAACGGACCAAAUGACAAGGUCGACGCUUUUCGUACUGAAGCUUAUUUCAUAUUCAUAACUUUCUCUUUCUCCUUGACGUUACUCAUUUGCGCCAUCGUCACAGCUCUAGCAGGCUAUUGAACUUCGUGCAUCAGUCUUGAUUUGCAUCUUAGUCUGGGCAUGUGAUCAGGAUUACAGGCCUUACUAGAACUAGCGUCGCUACCCAAUAUGAGAGCAACUUUGUACUACAGAAGCAACGAAGGCUAGAGACUCACCUGCAAGCCCCACCACCCCCACCACCCCCACCUCUUACAACUACAGGCCUCUUCUUUCAGCAAGUUGAUUGAAAAACGAAUCUGCUUCAGCUUCGUUAUAACUAGAACUGCGCAGCGCCGUGGGCGUCGCAGCGAACCGCAGACCUUAGUCUUAGUGUGGAUGUCUGAAGACAGAGAAGGGUAGGCGUAGGUGGUCCAUCAAGAAUCAACUCUAUUGCGAAGCCCCUUGAGAAUGAGACGUCGCGACCCCCUGGAUACUUUCAAAACAAGUGCUCGAGGG